AUGUCUCUCCUUGCCCAUACACGCCUGCUUGUCUCUUGUGGCGUUGCUAAUAGGCUGCUGCUGCACCUCCUGCUGUGGAUUCUGCCAAGUUGGUUGCCGAGUGUUUCUGACGACUUAUACGCUGGGCCGAAGUAUGCGGAGCAUGAAGCAGAGAUGAGCAAGCCCUGCCCCCUGACCACUCCCGGCUCCGGUCAUAGAACCGAGGGCGGCGGCGGCGGCGGGUUCGUAGCCGUGCCUUUUCACGGGGACGUGGCGAAAGCGGAUUUGGGGUUGGGGUUGCAGCAGCAGCAAGACAGGCAAAGAGAUGAUAACGGCAACAACGGUAAUAAUACUGGUAACAAUGACAUACAUUCCAACGUCAACGUCAUCGCCCCAGGUCGGACGGCACGGGGUUGUGAGGAGGUGGCCGUCCGCGAAGGGGUAGAGCGCGAGGUGGUCCUGGCGCCGUCGGCCAUGACGCUGCCGUGGAAAUGGCAGGCGGCGAAACGGAGGGUUUUGCAGGUGAAGAGCUUGCUUGAUGAGAGCGAGGAGGGAGGCGAAGAAGAUGGCGGCGGUGGUUUGGCUUCUUCUCUAGGAAAGGAUGAGGAGGACAGGGUGAAAAGAGCGGGCGAUGGGGAAAACGAUAGUCAGGAGGAACACGGUGAUAGUUGUGGCUGUAUUCAUUCAGAAUAG